AUGGCUGCGGCGAUUUCCGGUGAACUUCUACCACCAUGUGAACAAGAGCUUGAGAGUAAUGAUGGCGAAAGUGCCGAUUAUGGGAGCACUUCAACUUCGAGCGUGAUAGAAGUUGGAGGGGGUAGUAGGCAACCUUCGACGUCUGGUCACCAAAGCGAGGGGACCGAGGCUGAAGUUUCAGCCAUUGCCCCUAGAGAAGGGGUCUUGAGUGUAGUGACUGGGCGAAAGAGAGUGCCGAUGGCGAAGCCAAGCUCCCAGUAUUUGGGCCGUUGGAGUCCUGGUGAAGUGGUCUUCUUCACCAAUGUCUUCAAACAUGCGCUUCGGCGCCGAAGAUCCUUGCCCAGAUCAGCUACGCCCUUGGGCAUCGAAUUGCCUUUCGGCAGGUCAGCGAGGGAACUUCGUGGUCGGGGUGUCAAGCUCUCAGAAUACCUAGCGUCAGCGUCAGGUGCUGGUGUCCGAAUCUUGGGUGUCGGCACUAGGGUGGCUAGUGGUAGGGCAAUGCCCGAAGCUACAAGGAGGCCGCUGGAGUCACGAGCCCCUCAGAAGAAGAAAGAAGGCCCACCGCGGCAGAGGACGAAGGCUCCUUGUCAAGCCGAAGGGCCCUCAGCUGAGGAGGUGAUGGUGGCUGGGCGUCGCAGGGAGAAGAGGGUGGCCGAGGCUGAGGAAGUCAGGGAGGCAUAUCUCCAAGUGUCGGGGAAGAGGCCGAGAGGGCCGAGUGAGGAUGUGGCCGUCCUCAUUCUUGAUGACGAGGAGGGGGCCGAUGCUAAGCCGGUGAACAUGGCUUGCCACUGGAAGGUUGUGCCGUUCGUGAACUGUUUCAUUGAUGGCAUUCAAAUGGAGCUCCCAGAGCUUGAGCAGCUACCGAUGAAGACGCUGCGCGAGCAGAUUGCCGAGGCUGGGAAGCUAAUCCAAGAUGCAGAUCUGCAUGCUGGGGAAAAUGCCGCGAAGAUUGCAGAGCUAUCCUUGAAGUUGGCCGAGGCUGAGAAGGAAGUUGUCCUUCGGUCUUGUGCUACAAAGGUGGAAGAGGCCAAGAAAAAAGGUUGUAGCUGA